CUCUGAGGAUGCCAUUCACAGCUGCUGGUGAAACAUCAGGGCUGGGUGACUCUGAAAAGUUUCAUUCAAACCCUUGGAGCACUGCUCAGGAUCGUGAGGGAAGAACAUGGAGCGCUUGGCAUCUUUCAGCAGCUUCACAGAUGAUCCUUUUGACAAGCCGCCAUGCCGAGGGUGCUCCUCCUACCUUGCGGAACCUUACAUCAAGUGUGCUGAAUGUGGGCCACCUCCCUUCCUGCUAUGCUUGCAGUGUUUCACAAGAGGAUUCGAAUAUAAGAAACAUCGCAGUGACCACACCUAUGAAAUUAUGACUUCCAAUUUCCCAGUCCUUGAUCCUACCUGGACAGCUCAGGAAGAAAUGGCCCUGCUAGAAGCUGUGAUGGAUUGUGGCUUUGGAAACUGGCAGGAUGUAGCCAAUCAGAUGAGCACAAAGACUAAAGAGGAGUGUGAGAAACAUUACAUGAAACACUUCAUCAACAACCCCCUCUUUGCUUCCACAUUGUUAAGUCUGAAGCAGGCAGAAGAGAACCAACUCACUGACACAGCCAUUCCGUUUUACUCAUCUGAAGAUCCUCCACGCCCUACCUUCGAUUCUCUGCUCUCCAGAGAUAUGGCUGGAUACAUGCCAGCAAGAGCAGAUUUCAUUGAGGAGUUUGACAACUAUGCUGAAUGGGACUUAAGGGAUAUAGAUUUUGUGGAGGAUGACUCAGACCUUUUACAUGCUUUGAAGAUUGCAGUUGUAGAUAUCUAUCACUCUAGGUUAAAGGAAAGGCAACGAAGGAAAAAGAUUAUAAGAGACCAUGGACUCAUCAAUCUCAGAAAGUUUCAGAUUCUAGAAAGAAGAUACCCAAAGGAGGUUCAAGAUCUUUAUGAAACCAUGAGGCGUUUUGCAAGAAUACUAGGACCAAUGGAGCAUGACAAAUUCAUUGAAAGCAAUGCAUUGGAAUUUGAGCUGCGAAGGGAAAUCAAACGACUACAGGAAUACAGGACAGCCGGCAUCACUAAUUUUUGCAGUGCAAGAACAUAUGACCGCCUCAAGAAGACCCGGGAAGAGGAGCGUAUGAAGCGCACCAUGCUUUCCGAAGUCCUCCAGUACAUUCAGGACAGCAGUGCCUGCCAACAGUGGCUCAGCCGGCAAGCUGAUAUUGAUUCUGGCCUGAAUCCCACCAUGCCAGUUACGUCAAAUUCAGUUUGUUGUCUCAUAGGGCUGUUACCUAUUACUCAGUUGCAUAUUUCCACCGAUGACACCUCACAGCCUGAGCGUAGGAGGAAUGCCCCUCCGCUGAACCUUACUGGCCUCCCAGGCACAGAGAAACUGAAUGAGAAGGAGAAAGAGCUCUGUCAGGUGGUCCGGUUGGUCCCUGGAGCCUACUUAGAAUAUAAAGCCGCCUUGGUCAACGAGUGUCACAAGCAAGGCGGCCUGAGGUUGGCCCAGGCAAGGGCCCUCAUCAAGAUCGAUGUGAACAAAACCAGAAAGAUCUACGACUUCCUGAUCAGAGAAGGCUACAUCACCAAAGCCUAAAAGGGAAGCUGUUCUCCUUGGGACAUUCGCUGUGUUAUCAGAGACUGUGUUUCUUUUUUAAAUGGUUGUCUCAGAAGGGCAAAGAGCUCUCUAUGAAAAACUGGCUUCUCAAAACAUUUUCUCUCUUCACUCCGCCCUAGAAAAGUUUGUCAUGCAUUAUAUCGCCGCAAACUGUCAGAAGGAGUUGUGGGGAUGCAUAAGCUGUCAUUAAAUAUGAGUGGGCAUUAGUUUCUCACACCUCUUGUAACCAUAAUAGAGGGAAUGGUGGAGGAUUUUUGCUCAGUGCUGCUAAUGGCAUAAGUACAGAAGUUCAGCCCUUGAACACAUUUCCUGCCCACCCUUUGUGCGGGUGAAGCAGCAGCACUGCCAUUUCUCCUUCCAGCUCUCAGGCUCGUGAAUUAAAAAUCUGUUUGGUUCAGGAGGCUCAGUGCGUGCUCGAGGAGCUGAAAACAACAUGUUAUGUUCAAAUUCCAGCCAUUCUAAAAUUACACUGUUUAAAAAGGGAGGAGAGAGAAUGCCUAUUUAGAAAGAUAUUUUGGAAGCUAACAAGGACUGUUCAUCUUCUGGUUUCAAAAUAUUUAUUUUAUUUUAUUGAAUUUCUAGCCCUCCAUCCCCUGCAUGCAAGGCUCCGGGCAGGUCAC